GAGAGCAGCAGAGACUGUGCGUGUGUGUAUGUGUGUGUGUGUGUUGAGAGUCACCCCUGGCGGGAUUCUUCAGCAAGGGCCCCUUGUCUCCUGUGAACACGCCCCAGAUAGAUGAGGCAGAUAUAUAACCAAGACCUGCGGGUAGCAGAGGAACUGUGAGAAAGAGAUAAUCGCACUUGCUCACCCCCAAGGGUUACCUGUGACACCCUCGCAAUGACAAGAGGGCCAAUCCAGAGGGGGCCUCGCCAAGGGAGUUUGGAUGCUGUCCCGCUCGGUUUGUAAAAAGUCCUUCGGGCUUCUUCAGUUUUUGAUGCUUUUCGUGGUUUUGGACUUCCCCCUGGAGUUACCUGAGCUGUGGUCGAGCGGAGAACAGGAGCGAGGCGCGUUAUUAAAAUCAGCUCUGCAGAUCCGUGCAUGAAACUGAAAGCUGGGCCGCAAUGAGCCGGAGAACACGACGUUGGAUUUUAAGAGUUUUACUUUGUUUAGGGAUUGUUUACCUCAAAAUUGGUGGAUUUUCGUCGGUGGUGGCCCUUGGUGCGAGUAUAAUCUGUAACAAGAUCCCCGGUUUGGCUCCCAGACAACGGAUUAUCUGCCAGAGUCGCCCCGAUGCCAUUAUCGUCAUCGGAGAGGGAGCACAAAUGGGCAUCAACGAGUGUCAAUUUCAGUUCAAAAACGGGCGCUGGAACUGCUCUGCUCUUGGAGAGAGGACUGUCUUCGGAAAAGAGUUGAAAGUGGGUAGCAAAGAAGCGGCAUUCACCUACGCAAUCAUUGCUGCCGGGGUGGCCCACGCCAUCACAGCCGCCUGUACGCAGGGCAACCUGAGUGACUGCAGCUGUGACAAGGAAAAGCAGGGUUUCUACAGCAAGGACCAAGGAUGGAAGUGGGGAGGCUGCUCGGCAGACAUUCGCUACGGAUUAGGCUUCUCCAAAGUUUUCAUAGACGCGAGGGAGGUCAAGCAGAACGCAAGAACGCUAAUGAACCUCCAUAAUAAUGAGGUGGGACGCAAGAUUCUGGAGAAGAAUAUGCGGCUGGAAUGUAAGUGCCACGGUGUCUCAGGCUCCUGCACAACCAAAACCUGCUGGACUACACUUCCCAAGUUCCGCGAGCUCGGCUACAUUCUCAAGGAGAAAUAUGCCCAUGCUGUCCACGUGGAACCAGUCAAAGCAAGCCGCAACAAGCGUCCAAAAUUCCUGAAAAUCAAGAAGCCUUAUUCAUACCGGAAGCCACUGGACACGGACCUGGUGUACAUAGACAAGUCGCCGAAUUACUGCGAGGCGGACCCGGUGACGGGAAGCCUGGGGACACAGGGGAGGGUGUGCAACAAGACAAUGAUGCAGCACAUCAGCGGCUGCGACCUGAUGUGCUGCGGAAGGGGAUACAACACACACCAGUACUCCCGGGUCUGGCAGUGCAACUGCAAGUUCCUGUGGUGCUGCUACGUUAAAUGCAACACCUGCAGCGAAAGGACAGAGGUGUACACAUGCAAAUGAGAAUAUUUAUUGGAGGGUGUGUGUCUGUGUGCGUGGAGAUGUGAGUGUGUGUUUCUGUAAGUUUUCACAGUCUACUUUCUGUUUAAAGUCUGCGUUUUGCAGUCUUUUCUGUUUUAGCAACGACUACUACAGCACUGCUGUGCUGCGUAUGCAGCCAGCCGAAGAUGGGGCACCACGGUUGUUUUGCACAAGAAGUUCUUCACCCUUCUUCUUGGACUCUUUGUCGGGAUGCGGCACAACAACUGUCUGAUAAAACACUGGAAACGGACCGACAGUAACCUGGAAAACGGAUCACGGUUUCUGUCGAUGAAGCAAAACACCCGAGACUUUAAGCUGAAUGGACUGGUACGGACAUUUUCUCUGCUCGGACUCUACAAGACGCGGAUGAGUUGAGGUGGAUGUGGUGCUGAGCAGGACACACUGCUGUAGUUUGCACCCCCAUGUGCACAGACAAAAUUAGAGAGAUAACCAUUUGAAAUAUUUAACAUGCUGUAUUUAGAGAAUGAGACUUAUUAAUAUUAAUUUAUUCUAUAAAAAAAAAACUACUGAUCUUGUCCUGUAUGGAUAAAAAAAAACAACUAAAUAUCAACAGUUUUUUAGUUUGUUGAAGCAAUCAAACAUGUCUACAGUUAACACACUGGAUUUGAGUCAUAUUGUAGCAUAGUGUUGUUCCUUCUGGAACGACUGUAGGCUGCUCACAUUGACCUAUCUACCUUUUGUGAGUUUUAUUUUCCUUCUUCUGUUGCUGCUAGUCUAGAAAAUCUCACUAGUUGAGGUAAAAGUCUGUAUACUGUACUUAUUGUCUUGACUUUGACCUGGUUCUACUGGACUUAUUUGCUGAUCAAAAACAAGGGCACAUUUUCCACGUUUGGUAAAUGAUAGUUAAUAGAGUAUAUAUUUGUAAAGGACUAUUUUUAUAUGAAUGUUUUAUUUAUAUCUUAUUGUUCCUACUCGUUGUCAGAUGUGGACAAUGAGAUCUGUCUAUAAAGCCCAUGUGAAAAAAAGCUGAUAUAUGUCAGUUGGCUGUCACAGCCGUCGCUUGUUGUAUAUUGUACGAGAUAGAGGCUGUCUAUAUCUGUCUGUGUUCAAACCUUUGUUUACUGCAUUUCACAACUACUACUGAUGGAAUACAGGAACAGAACUACGCUAACAAGA